AUGGCUGAUUGGGGUCCAAUUUUUGUGUCUGUGGUGCUCUUCAUUCUCUUGACUCCCGGAUUGCUUUUUCAAAUACCUGGGAGGGGAAGGUUUAUAGAGUUUGGAAACUUUCAAACUAGUGGAUUGUCUAUACUCAUUCAUGCUAUGCUCUACUUUGCUCUUGUUUGCAUCUUCUUCUUAGCUAUUGGAAUUCACAUGUAUGCCGGGUGA